AUGGUGAAGCUGCAAUUCAUCUCUGCUGCUAUCCUUGCUGUAUGUGGUGUUUCCAACGCAGAGAAACCUGCGGGUGAUAUCAUUCGACUCAUGCAGAAGUCUGCUGGGGCAACGGAUCAGAUGCGUAUUCUCACCAAACCAAGAGCAGGCUACAAUCCAGCAACAGACACUCCAAGUGUCUGGGUUAUGGGCAGUGCCUGCGAAGAGUCUAGUGCUGUCGACUUUCUCUUUGAUCCAGUCGAUCACGAGUCCAAGUGCUGUCAUCAGGAUGCUCUUCAUGGAUUCACAAUGUGGCCAGAAAAACAGAACUAUGUUAUUCCAGAGGGCUCCAACAUUAUUGCUGAAGAUGUAUUUACUGCGGAUGAAGAUUGCAGGAAGAGGUACACUGGCAGUGACAAAGCUAAUGUUGCCCUUACUCCGGGCGAAACCUACAAUGUGUACAUGACCCAAGGGUAUACUCCACACAAAUCGUUUAUGAACAACCUUGUCGAAUUCCACAAUCAAGAUAUUGUUGCAAUGAUUUGGUCCACAACAGCAGUCAAGAAUAGUGAUGAAUAUUUUGCCCUGGGAGGAGCAUCGACUUAUAGUAGUGUCCGAGGAGAUGGUUAUAAGUUUAGAGGUCUAGAACCAAGAACCGGCGAAGAAGGUUUCGAGCUCAACUGUCGAAAGCGUCCAGACAGCACCGAAUGUCAGCAAUCACCAGAAAUCACGGUUGCAGAUGGCAGUGGUUUUGGGGACCCGCACAUGACCACAUUUGAUGGACUUCGAUACGACGUCCAUGUUCAUGCAGAACUCAUCUUUGUCAAAUCUCUGGACACUACCUUUGAGAUUCAAGGAAGAACUGAAGCUGUCGAGAAUCAUCCCUCCAGACCUGCCGUCACAACCGGCAUCGUUGUCAAUGAAGUUGGCGAUAACCCAAAAAUCCAAAUUUCGUUGGCUCGGGACUUGGAUGAUGACUAUACAGAAGAGAUGAACGGCUGUCCUGUCCAGCUCUUUGCGGAUGAUGUUGCCCGACCAGUUUCUGCUGGAUCAGGUAGCACCAAGGCAUCUGUGGAAGUUUCGAAUAGCAGGAUAACCAUCCAAUACCCAGAGACUGGUACCGUGGUAAAAAUGCAAGUACGAAGUUGGAGACAAACGUGCCAUUUUUCGGUCACGUACAUCUUGGCAGACUGUCGACCGAGUGAGCGCAUUGUCGGCCUUGUUGGGUCUCCUGAUGGGGAAUGGCGCAACGACUGGAUGAAGCGGGAUGGAACUCCUCUUCCCAUUCCACCUGUUUUGAGAAAGGGGUCCGGGUUUGAGCCGACCUACAACUACACCCGUGACAACUGGUGUGUAAAUCAGGUAUCGGACUCUUACUUCACGUACGAGCAUGACACCAGCUUCGAGUUCUUUGACCAUUGCGACAACCCAUACGAUCGUGCAUUGGAGGAUGCUAUAAACAAUGCCCUUCCAACUAUUGUCUCGCACUGUAACGAUGAUAUAUUUUGCAUGAUCGAUUACAUUGCUUUGGGAGAAGAGGCUGCAGAUGCAUACCUUGAAGACCCAGCGUUGGACAUCCCGCUACAACAGACUGCCUCCACAGAUAUUGACAUCAUUCUUCAAGUUCCUAAUGAGUCUCCAAAUCCCAGCUGCCCUGUUUGCAAGGCCAUUGGAUGGGGGGAUCCGCAUAUCGUGACCUUCGAUGGAGUUGCCUACGAUGUCCACGUCAAGGGUGAGCUAACCUUUCUCAAGAGUUUGAGCACCGAUUUCACUAUCCAAGCUCGAACACAAAUCGUCGCUACCCAUCCAAAGGGCCCUGCUGUAACAACUGGGGUUCUUGUUCACGAGGACAGCACCCUCAAUCUACCUGUGGUGCAAGUCUCGUUGAGUCGAGAUCAAAACAGUGAGCUUGCAACCAUGAUCGGUGAAUGCCCAGUUCAGCUAUUUGUGGACGGGGCUGCCAAGGACAUUACUCUCGGUACAGGAUCAUUCGAUUCUGUUGUCCAAGUCAAGAACAAGCGCAUCGUUGUUGAGUAUCCUUCUACUGGUUUGCGUGUUGACAUGCAAGUUAAAGUCUGGCGUAACACGUGUCACUUUUCCGUGACUUACUUCUUGGCCGACUGUCGAUGCGAUGAAACCUUGGUUGGUGUUUUGGGUCUGCCUGAUGGUGAUUGGUCGAACGACUGGCAUCAACACGAUGGAACUCCUGAAGAGAUCCCACGAAGACGCCGCGGUCAAGAGGCAUAUGACUACUCGAUGAGGUGGUGCUUGAACGACGCCGCGUCCCACUUCACCUACGAACCAGAUAUGAACCAUGGAAGCUUUGACAAUUGUACACCAGAUGCCUUUGACUUGGACAUUGACAUUAUCAUUAGCGAUGCUGCUCCGGACGUUAUCACAAAAUGUACACUUGGCACUGACGGCGUACUUGAUGAAGGAUGUGUCUUGGAAUGUGCAUUUUUAGGCGAUGAUGCCUGCAGCGAAUACAUAGAUAUUAUUUCAGAUGCAGCCAUCGUUGACAUCCCUCCUGUCGAGGGACCCAUUCCAAACCGAGGUGAAAUCGGAGAUGGAGAAGGCGAAGCAGCUGAAAAUGCUGGAGACGGAGAUGAAGAUGAAAAUGCCAACGCUGGAAGCAACGGAGAUCCUCAUUUCAAAUCAUGGAUUGGAGAACACUUUGAGUACCAUGGGCAAUGCGACCUUGUCCUGAUCAAGGAUCCAAACUUUGCCAAUGGACUUGGCAUUGACGUUCACAUUCGCACCAAACUCGUGAGACACUGGAGCUUCAUAAAAAACGCUGUGAUUCGCAUUGGCAAUGACAUUCUGGAGAUUGAAGGCUCCGGAAUAGAAUUUGAUUCCAAGAUUCGCUAUUGGAUCAACUAUGAGUAUGAAGGAAAGAUGGAUGAGUUUGCUGGGUUCCCUGUCACAAUGUUGUCCCAACAAAAAACUGCAGCCACCAAGAAUCGAAUCGAGAUUGACUUGGAUUCGGUCUAUCCUGGACAAAAGAUUGAACUUUCUACCUUCAAGGAGUUUGUGAAGGUAUCGUUUGAGAAUGCGAACGAGGAAUCUUUUGGAAGCAGUGUUGGUAUGCUUGGCGACUUCAAGACUGGCAAGACUCUUGCCCGCGAUGGUGUUACCGUCCUCGAUGACUUUACUGAGCUUGGUCAUGAAUGGCAAGUCCUCCCUUCGGACAAGCAUUUCUUCCACGAUAUUUCUGCUCCUCAAUUCCCCAUUAGGUGCUUUGAUCCUGAAGAUGCACGUGGUGAUCGCCGUCGUCGGUUGGAUGAAUUUACCAUUAGUGAAGAGCAAGCCGAAGCAGCUUGUGCCUCGUUGAAGGACCCCCUUGAUCGAAAGGACUGUGUCUAUGAUAUCUUGGCGACUCAAGAUAUGGACAUGGCCGGAGCUUACUAG